AGGUCGCGAGCGACAGGCCCCCGGUGGCGGCGAGCGCGGGGUGUGGAGCCCGGGAUGGAAACCGGCCGCUGCGGGGGCGGGGCGGCCCGGGCCUGGCAGGUGGGGCCGGAACCGGGGCCUCGGGAAGGCUGGGGAUUCAGAGAAAAGGCCUGACCAAGUGGGGGACGUGGUGGACCUGGGGAAGGGACCGUGGCUUAAGGACGAGUUAUAAAGUAAAGAUGCUGGCCAAGAAGAGGUGAGAUAGAAAAGAGAUGGUCUAGAGCCCAAGACUUAUUCCUAAUGUAAAUUCUGGCACCAGGAUGGAAGGGGAAUCUUACCACAAUACAACCACUGUCAAUGACACCCCAGUAAAUCACCAGCCUUUGGAACGCCAUGGGUUGUGGGAAGUCAUCACCAUCGCAGCUGUGACUGCUGUGGUAAGCCUGAUCACCAUUGUGGGCAACGUCUUAGUCAUGAUCUCCUUCAAAGUCAACAGUCAGCUGAAGACAGUGAACAACUAUUACCUGCUCAGCUUAGCCUGUGCAGAUCUCAUCAUUGGGAUCUUCUCCAUGAACCUCUACACUACCUACAUCCUCAUGGGACGCUGGGUACUCGGGAGUCUGGCUUGUGACCUCUGGCUUGCUCUGGACUAUGUGGCUAGCAAUGCUUCCGUCAUGAACCUUCUGGUGAUCAGUUUUGACCGUUACUUUUCUAUCACAAGACCCCUGACAUAUCGGGCCAAGCGUACCCCGAAAAGGGCUGGCAUCAUGAUUGGCCUGGCCUGGCUAAUCUCCUUCAUCCUUUGGGCCCCGGCGAUCCUCUGCUGGCAGUACCUGGUUGGGGAGCGGACAGUGCCACCAGAUGAGUGCCAGAUCCAGUUCCUCUCUGAGCCCACCAUCACUUUCGGCACCGCCAUCGCUGCCUUCUACAUCCCUGUUUCUGUCAUGACGAUCCUUUACUGCAGAAUCUACCGGGAAACGGAGAAGCGAACCAAGGACCUAGCUGACCUCCAGGGCUCUGACUCCAUGGCUGAAGCUGAGUCAGGAAAGCCAGCUCAUAAGGCUCUGCUGAGGUCCUGCUUUAGCUGCCCGCGACCCACGCUGGCCCAGAGGGAAAGGAGCCAAGCCUCCUGGUCAUCCUCCCGCAGGAGCACCUCCACCCCGGGGAAGCCAUCCCAAGCCACGGGUCCAAGCCCCGAGUGGGCCAAAGCCGAGCAGCUCACGACCUGCAGCAGCUACCCUUCCUCUGAGGAUGAGGACAAGCCCACCACGGACCCUGUCUUCCAAGUAGUCUACAAGAGUCAGGCCCAGGAAAGUCCAAGAGAGGAAUUCAGUGCUGAAGAGACCAAGGAAGCAUUAGUGAAAGCUCACACUGAAAAAAAGGACUAUGACACCCAAAAAUACUUCUUGUCCCCGGGUGCUGCUCAUAGACCCAGGAGUCAGAAAUGUGUGGCCUACAAGUUCCGAUUGGUGGUAAAAGCUGACGGGACCCAGGAGACCAACAAUGGCUGUCACAAGGUGAAAAUCAUGCCCUGCUCCUUCCCAGUGUCCAAGGACCCUUCAGCGAAAGCCCUGGAUCCCAACCUCAGCCACCAAAUGACCAAACGAAAGAGAAUGGUUCUUGUCAAGGAGAGGAAAGCAGCCCAGACCUUGAGUGCCAUCCUCCUGGCCUUCAUCAUCACCUGGACCCCUUAUAACAUCAUGGUCCUGGUUUCCACCUUCUGUGACAAGUGUGUCCCAGUCACCCUCUGGCACCUGGGCUACUGGCUGUGCUAUGUCAACAGCACUGUCAACCCCAUUUGCUACGCCCUCUGCAACAGAACCUUCAGGAAGACCUUUAAGAUGCUGCUUCUCUGCCGCUGGAAGAAGAAGAAAGUAGAAGAGAAGUCAUACUGGCAGGGAAACAGCAAACUCUCCUGAAAAGUAACAGCUCCUCUCAAAAGCGUGACCGUGGCCAAUUUCCUCCGAAGAAGGGUGAGCUGAUCCUGGCUUAUUUGUUUUCAAAACAGACAUGUAUCAUUUUGAGCACCUAAGGACUUUGUAAAGGCUUGAGAUCUGUCACCAAAAGGGAGGAUUCACAGCUGCCACAAGUGCUGCCAUAUUGAAAGAUUCUUGUCCAUCACCAAGGUCACCUGAUGCCACUGGAGUUUGCUGUGGACGUAAAGAGACACAUUUGUGUCUCUUCACAGGGGGGAGGAAUGCUGGCCCACAAUGAACAGUGACUUCCGGAACUUUGGUUCCCUAACCUUGGCAGAGAGGCAGGGACUGGGUGGAAACCUUCCCUGUAGAAACCUGUAUUGAGGUUGUGUGCAAUAUGUGUGUGUCUAUGGGGUUGUCUCCUAUCAGUGAGAACUGGGAGACUGUAAGUCAGUGUCACCUGUUAAGAAGAGUGAUAUUCAACAGGCUUCUAAGACUAUUUCUUUAUAAACUGAUCAGUAUCGUGCAGCUGUUAUGUGUUCUGUACUGUGGUAUGUUUUUCUGUCCCUACAUCUGAGUGAAGCUUUCACAACCGAUGCCAAUUCCUCGUACCCACUGCUGGUCCCCAUGGAACCAUCCUUCCCCUCAGAAUCCUGGGUCCGGAGGGACACGGAAGCCCGAUCCCACCCAAUCCUACAGAGGGGCCUCUACUCUGCUAAUAAAGAUCAAGCCUCCACCACUG